AGCAAUACCAGUACUGAGCUCAGAGCAUUUCCAGUUCUUUGAAAAAGGAAUAGUGAUUUUUGGUCGGUUACAGUAUGUUAACAGUUGAUAACUAAGCUAAUGUUUUGGAUCUUGAUGAACUUCAAUCAGGCCUACCACUGAGAAGCAAAGGAAGGUGAGUCUCCACUAUAUUUGGAAAGUAGGAUGAUCACUGGAUUUUCCAAGUCUCCUGGCCAGCAAGGGCCCCAGCAUGAGAGUUAUGAAGAAAAAUAUGAGCGCCGGUGCAAGAAGCACGAAAGCCUGCUCAGGAGAAACAACAGGACCACAUGCCGUCUCACAAGCAAAUGCCAGAGCACAGAAGCCAAGGAAUCAGCUCAGAGCCCUCGACAAAAGGAAUUCUUCCGACGAAGGAAUUUAACAAUUGAAGAACUUGGGAGGACAAAAAUGAUGUUGCCUCCUGGCAAGAGACAAUCUUUAUUUCCUGUAAACUGUUCUGACAGUCUAGGGCAAAUACCACCUCAGAACUAUUUGAACUGUUUGUCAAAUAUCCAGCCUCAUACCAAAUAUAUACAGCAUAACUUCAAUAAUAUAUUCCCUCUUAGCAAAUCAUCUCAAGCCAUGCUCGCUGUGAAUGUUCCCAAAAAAUGUAAAGGUACACAAACCACAAAAGAACUGAGUUCUGAAAAGAAAAACUCCUGUCAGCAAACAGAUUGUGGAACAGCAGUUUUAGAUAAGGAAAUUAUUCAACUUUCUAACUACCUCAAUGAGGCGCUACAUCGAGAACUAAUAUUGAAGCAGAAAAUGGUGAUUUUACAAGAGCUUCUAGCCAUGUUGCUAGAAGCAGCAGAAAAAUCUUGGAAGGGUCAGUUUAAUGAAGACAAACUCAAAUGCAGGCUGAGCGUGCUGGAGAAUCAAUUGCAAAUAUGUACCCAGAGUUAUUCAAAGAGGGGCUUAAAAAGGAUUCUCCUGGAGAUGGAAGAUCAAAAGCAGAAUUAUGAACAGAAAGUAAAAGAAUCUCUUCAGAAACUGCUUGAAGAGAAAAUGGAGGCACAAAAGCAAUUUCAAACUGCCCAGAGAGCCCUAACUGUUGUCGAGGGUGACUGUAGCCUCUGGAAAGAUCAACUUAACACCUUAAAAAAAGAUUGGAGUCAACUAACUGACCAGCACACUGAAGUCAAAAACAAGCUGCAUGUCUUGGAGAACAAACUGCAGUGGUCAGACACUCAAAAUUCUCAACUUCAACAAGCCCUAAAAGACAUGGAGAAUGAGUGUGCAAGUCUGUAUUCAAGAAUUGAUAAUAUGCAAGAAGAAAAGAGACUCAUCAUGGAAUAUCUUGGUGAAAUGGAAGGCAAGCUGCAAACUGAAGCAAGGCAAAAAUUCAUAUUGGAGGCAACAAUUGAACAUCUUCAAAAGCAGACUGUCGCAGUGCCCAAUGAAGUCCUCAGUUGGGUGACAACUAAGCAGAAUGUCCAAUUAGAGGAGGAAGAGACAGAGAAAGAGAGUAGCCUGCGAGAAGAACUGCAAAAAAGGACAUCUCAGCUUGCAGCUAAGAAAAAAGAGUGCACUGAUCUCUGUCAUAAACUAGAGAUCCUGAACAAUGAGUAUAGCAGUUGCCUUGCCAAUUUACAACAGUGUCGUGAUGAAUUCAAGCACUCUCAAAACAAGCAAGCCCAGAGAAAGCAUGAUCAUUGGAUUCCUAUCAUAAUGGUAAUAAUGGUAACAGCUCUGGUAUCUUAUUUAAGCAACUUUACACCUUGAACAUACCUUGUCUUAUUUGCCAACUACUGACUGCACUAUAGCAGUC